AUGGGAGACGUGGAAGAACAGCCAGUAGGUGGACACGACUUGAACUUAAUUAUCCGCAAAUUUAGGUGGAGAACGGGGCUCAAGAGGACGUUCAAGAGGCCCAAGAGAAGACGGGUAAGCUGGAGUUUGAUGUUGAUUUAGAUAUCCUUAGGAUAUUCCGGUCAUUUAGGAGAAAAAUUUUAUUUUGAUUAAAGUCAUACAGGUUUCAGUGUCUUAGCAGAUUUUAAUUGAUUUUUUAACGGUUUAAACGAAAGUCAAGUCGGAUAUAACAAAGGCUGAGAUCACAGAUACAAUGAGGAAAUUUGGGGAAUAAACAAGUUUACCUUUAUUUGUUUUCGAUUGAAAUUUUAUAUCUUGAGGUUCCAAGAGGGUUCUAACUGUGGAAAAGUUAGUUUGGGACAAAGCGAAAAUUUGUUAUUUUCAAGGGCAUAAGUCAAGAUUAAAUUUGAGGUAAAAUACGAAUCCCAAAACCUGUCAUAUUAUGAUUUACAGAAGAAACGCUAUAAGUGACAUUGUUUUACAUAUAUAUGUAAAAAUGUAGAAAAUCUGAAGUGAGUAGCACAUCAAGCAUCAUGCUCUUGUUGAAACCUCAACUUCCGACACCCUACUUUUGGCCAGACUUUCCAAGUAAUUCCUUCAGAUUAUACCUCCAUUUUAUAGCCAAUUCAAGUUUUUAUGGGCUGCAAAAAGCUCAGUUCAAUGUAGCCUCUUGGUGUCAUCAUACUUUUAAACUCGGCGUAUGGCGUUUCGAAUUACAGAUAAACACUUGUUGAUGGGGGAUGUCAUCAGGUUCAUUUUUAUGAGGAAAUUUUGGAGGUUAUAUUGCAAAAAAAGUUUUGGGCUAAAUUUAGAAGCGACUUUUUGCGGGAAACUGGAUUUUUUUACCAAGUUCUUAUGUGUUGUGAGCUUUGGGGAUACUUAUUUAGGUUGCAAAAAAUCGAUAGUUAAUGAAAAAAUUGCUGGAAAUUCAGUGGAUUGUCUGUGUCUAUGGAUACUUUUUUUAGCUAAAAAAUCUUUCAGCGACGUCUGAAAUGACCUGUUUUUGCCAAAUUUCAUAGCCUAGAGGCCCAAACUUUGAUGAUUUUGCCUUUUUAAUGACGAUUUUUUCCCUUGUUAUAUCCACCGAUCACCGACUGACAAAUAAUGUCUAGCAAUUUUUGUUAAACAAGGCCUUUCGUUGACCUUUCGCGUACACAAUGUUCUAACGGUCCCAUUCUUCCAGACGACCCGGCUCAAGCGGUAAUUGAUGACGACCCGACCGAGAACCAAGCAAGUCGUUCCUGUUUUUGCAUUUUCUUCGCCUUUUUUUAAUCCGCCUACCCGACAUUUGUCGUCGGAACGGUCUCUUAACUUGUAUGUCAACGUUCUUCUCCUCUCCGAAGGCCGGGCACACCUGUUCCGACGCAUGCCAGAGGCGGUGUCUCCUCCGGUCCAUGCCCUCCGGGGCGCUUACUUUCGCUACUUCUUAUUUACUUUUUUUUCGUUUCUUCUUCUUCCUUUUGGCCCCCCACCGACGCAAUGCCCGGAUCAAGGGAACAGCCACUCACGGCGGACGUGUGGAAGAUCCCCCUCUCUGCCGCUGUGUAUCGCGUUAUGCCCUGACGGGGCCCCCGGCACUUGAGAUUAGCCAAAUUACGGAUCUUUGCUUUGUCUUUUCGUGUAGCUGUAUUGUUUUAGAGGAGGAUGGGGGGUUUGGCAACAUUCGGUAAUUGGAGAUGUGCAACAGUAAUAAGUGAAAUUUGCAAGGCCGGGAUGAUGAUAGAGUAGUUUUGGGUCAACUGUUGCCCUCGUAGCUCAUUUUUCGCGCAGUUCGAAGUAUUGGUCUAUUUUUAGAAUUUUCUAAUUUUGGAAUUAUUUGUUGCCCUCUUUGGAUUAUUCUUAAACUAUGGCGUCUACAAGCCUUGUAGUCAAAUUCCAAUCGGCUAUCGAAGCCAUUUUUUGCCGAGGUGACAUUUUAUACGCAAAAUCAAGUUAUUCCACUUUCUUCACUUCCCUAUGCAAGUUCUUCUCUCCAUUUCUUAUUUUAUUGUUGAUUUUUCUAUACCUUGAUUUCGGAUGCUCUCUCACUUUCCUACUUUAUUUUUCUCCUCAUAUAACGAGCUUCAAUUUUCCAGGUGCCAGAAAUCUCCGGCACCGAGAACAUUGACCCAAUGACCACCUCAAUGGACGGAAUCGAAGAGAUCCCGCAGACCGAGGAGGAGGAGAAGUUCGAGGAUGCUGAGGGCGAACCUCAGGAGCCUCAGGAGAACGGAGCCGCCGAGGGAGAAGAGAAAUUCGAGCUCCAGCCUCCGCCAGCCGGCAAACGCCCGCGCUCUCCCAAUGAGUUGGAUGUAGCUGACAAUGUCAGCGAUGCCGGAAGCGGCAGCCCUGCUGGAAGUGCUCCACAAACACCCAUUGGUAGGUUUGGGGGCCAAUUGCGGAUAGGCGUCAUUUUAACAAUCUUUUUUACACAUAGUUUUGAUUUAUGGUACUAGUCGUCUAUCAAUUAAAUUUAAUUUUUCUUCCAGGAUCCAACGUUGGCUCCACUUUGGGAGAAGAACUCCAAUCCGCUCAAGGCUCCGCUGCCGGCUCUGCCGCUAGCUCCGCCGCCGCAUCCGAAGCCGGCUCCGCCGCUGGAUCUGCCGCCGGCUCCGCUGCCGGCUCUGCUGCUCCAUCCGACGCUGGGUCCGCCCCGCAAUCUCCAGCUCCUGCCGAUGAGGAGGAAGGCGAGGAAGUUCCAGCUAGCCCAAGAAGCAGCGCUGUUGGAAGUCAGCUCGGAAGCCAAGCCGCCACCCCAGCUCCAGGCAGCCCAGCCCCCGAUUCGGCCGCUGGCAGUCAGCCUCAGAGCCCAGCUCCACCAAGUGCCGCUGGCGAUGAGGAGCCACCACAGACUCCUCGCAGCGGAGUGACUGGAAGCCAGGUCGGUUCUCAGCCCGUUACUCCAGCUCCAGGAAGCCAGGUUGGAAGUGUUCCUCAGACUCCAGUCUCUGCUGCUCCAACCACUCCAAGAGCUAGUGAGCCCGGAACUCCCAAAGCUAGUGAGCCCGCUACUCCUCGAUCAGCUGCUCCUGGAACUCCUAAAGUUGCGGUCAAUGGAUCAAUUCCCGGUACUCCUAAGUCGGCUGUUGCCGGAACUCCCAAAACCACCACGCCCGGCACGGCCAAGAGUGGAAAGAAAGGCGCCUUCGACUUUGAGAAUGUUGAAGCCAACGGUGAAGUGCCAAAGGAAGUUGCUUCUCCAACCAAGAGAGUUCCUCGUACUCCCCGAACUCCCAAGACUCCCAAGACCCCUAAGUCUGAGGCUCCAGCCGAAGAGCCCGCCGCUGAGCCUGAGCCCGCCGCUGAACCAGCCGCUGAACUCGUUGAAGUCCCAGUUGAAGCGUCUCCUCCCACUGAGGAGGCCGCUCCCGCUGAGGAAGCCGCUCCAGAGCCAGCCGCCGAAGAGGCUGCUCCGGCAGAAGAAGCCGCUCCAGCUGAAGAGGCUGCUCCUGAACCAGCUGCUGAAGUCGUCGACGUUCCAGUUGAAGCUGAUGAAGAACCAAAGGCUGAAGAGCCAGCUCCAGUGGAGGAGUCUGUUCCCGCACCAGAGUCAGCUGCUCCAGUUGAAUCUGCGCCAGUUCCAAAGGCUGACGAGCCUUCUUCGCCAGCGCCAGCCAGAAGAGAGCCCGCUCCAAGCGACUAUACUCCAUAUGAUCAGGUAAGGAGAGUCUCUCCAAUAUCAAACUGGUUGAUAAAUCAUCUUGAUUUUGCCACCUUUGUGUUUUCAGGACUCCCACAAAGAAACCGUUCCACCCAGACUCCCCACCGCCACUUCGUUCAACUCCUGGAACCCCGCCGAACGCGAGACCUACAAGCCGAUCAGCCCUUGGGUCAACAACCCCAACAAAUACUCCAACGAAUACACGUCCGGAGUGUCCAGCCGUCCCGCCAGCACCUACACCUCGAUCUUCGACGACCUCGUCAACACCGGUCCCUUUUCCAGCGCCCUCUACAGCACCUCUCGGCUGUUGGAGCGUUCUCGUUCACGCACUCGUGAACGUCGCAACGCUUUCCGCGCCCAACGCUCAGCCAGCCAGUAUGCCCGCUAUACGCAGAACUUGCCCGCCCCCCUUCGUACCCGCGAGUACAGCACUCCGAGAUCCACGAGCUUGACUCGUGCUCCAUCUCGCAGCGGGUCUUUCAUCUCGUUCCUGGAUUACAGUGGUGCCAAGCAGUACGAGUUGAGCCGAAAUCCCAGCCGUGGGUCGUUGUAUGAGUCGACUCAGGCUCUUAGUCGCUCGAAGUAAGUGGGUUAUAGAAGUGUUCUGAUAUCGUAAAUUGAGUAAAAGCAAGAUGCGUUUUGGCCGGUCAAUUUUAGCGGUAUAAACGGAUUUUUAGCUAGAAGAUUCUUUGAUAAAAUAUAAAAAUUUUGCUCAUUUUUGAUCCCUAUGAAAAUUAGCUUGCUCUGAACACCCUAGCGACAACUUCUACGGUCUUUCCCACCCAAUUUUCUCUCUCCCAAGCCAACUCUUAUCAAAAAAAAUUUCGACUUUUGUCACCCCCUCUCUUUCCUGUAAUCCGACCCGAUUUUUCAGCUCUCGCGGUAACAUUGAUCUGUAUCUGGGCGGUGGAAGACUCUCGCGAGUGGACAGCUUUGUUGCCAGUCUCAACCAUCCAUACGAGUACAACGUUCCCUCAACCUACGACGUGUACCGCUCCUCCUCGCGGAAUCAGCUCAGCAACUACGCCCCACUGCAAGGGUUCACGGUGAGUUUGCUGUAGUUUUAUGGUCGUACAUGGACUCACAAUCAUGUGUAGUACGUAGAAUUUACUGUGGCAGCCGAGAAUACAGAGAGAACUCUUGUAUUUUGUCAUCAUUAUAGAGAGGUUGUUUAAAUUUUGUCCGUUUUUCAAACAUUUUUUUCGAAUUUUUCCUUUUUUUUGACGUGUAUAUGUCCGUUUGACCAGCACCUUGCAGAGUGACAAACAGAACACAUUUAUGGCCUGGGAAGAGGCUAGCCGUCUACGGAGGAGCGCCUUUUAUAAUGAGCCAAACCAAUACCAAGCUGGCUUCAAGGUGAGGAUCGGCUAGCUUCUCUUCGCUUUCAUUGCACUUUGUCCAAGUUUUAGUGACAUAAUGGUCAUUGUUUCAUGUUGUAAUCCUAGUCAGAUGUUAACCUGUGGGUGACACUUUCUGAAAACGGAAAUUAGCUUGGUUAUUUUUUGGUUUUUCAAGUGGAAAAGUGGUCUCUGAAAUUUCUAAAACAUUUUGGGGACCUUUAAAUUUUUGGCCAUAACUUUUUUCUAUCUAAAGCGAUAGCUAAAAAACUUGAGACAAGCAAUCUCCUAGAAGACCUUUGCAAAAUAUUUUUGACGGUUUUUGCUUAUGCCCUUAGGUCAUCAGAUAUUGCCAAUUAAAGUUUAAGCUUGACUUUUGCCAAAAAAUUGGAUAAAAAACACAUUGAUCUUAUUGUCAUUGUUACUGUCGUAUUUUACCAUAAGUCAUCCGUUAGUUUUUGUUAUUGUCGAUUUCCAUCUGCUGUUCCACCGGCUUCCUUUCACUUUUUUCGCUUACCACUGGUUUCAGACCCAGAUCGGCGACCUGCAGCGCAGUCUGUCGCGGGAGCGCUUCGAGAAGGAUCGGGUAAGUCUCGCGCCGGGCCGCCAUAACCCACCGCUUAAUUCAGCUGAAAAACCAAUACACGCAAGUGGCGUACAAGCUGGACCAGGCCGUCCGCCAGCUGGACCUGUUGCGUUCGAACAGCUACGCGGAGGUCCGCACGGGCUCGGUGCCGCGGACCUCCGUCUUCUCGCACUUUUACCCGUACUAUUAA